AUGGAUGGGCAGCAAGAGGGAGACCAUCACCAGGCGGUGUUGCUUCAGGCGAUGAGAGAGGAACAGCUGGACUCUCUCAAGAGCAUCGCCGACGGUGUGCAACAGGUUAUGGUCCUCGGAGAAUCUGCCCGUAAUUCUGAGGGGAAGAUGUCUCUGGCGCUUGAUCGCCUGGGUCGCAUCGAAGUCAGGCUCGACUCCACUACGGCGCCAAUGAAAUCUCAAACGAUAGUCCCGCCGAAGUCGCAGCAGCAGCAGCAGCCGCACUCUCGAACCCACCCAAACAUCGGCGCUGGCAUGGGAGGCGGGAUGGGUGCGGACGGGAGGGCCAAAGCCAUGAAAGCACCUCAGCCUUACUCAGCCUUUGGGAAGGCGGCACCGCCCCCUCCGCCGGCCACGGUAGAGGACGCCGGCCGUGUCCCAACGUGGCAAGGGAGAGGGGAGCCGGAACCGGCACGGCCUCACUUCAUGCGCAACGCCUCCCCGCAGCAGAAGCCACGCGCUUCUCCAGCGAAAACCGUGCCAGCCACAGCAGCAGCAACAGUCGUGCCUGUCGGUGGUGCAGCUGCUGUAUCUGCCGUAACGCCCGGCGAGGCGAGCGGAGGCGGGAAGGGCGAAGGUGUUUCCCAGGAGGAGGCGGCGAGAAAGGAGGCCAAACGCCUGGCUUUCAUGGAAGACCGCGCACGCAUCCAGUAUUUGUACCGUGUGCGUCGAGACAUGGAACCGGCAAGAGAGGUCGGAGAUCAGGCCUCGGGGGGCUCCAUCCCCAUGCUUGACUUCCGCCCACAGCGAGAUGGCCGAAAGGCACGAAUCGCAGCCUCGAAGGGUGGUAGAGCAGCACCCGCUUCCUUCCCCAAGCCGACCCCGACGACAACCCGCCAAUCCACACCAGCCGCCCAGGACAUUAAGGCGCAACAACCCGAACUUUUCGAAACACCUUUGGCGGCGUCUGCUGGAGAGGGCGGAACGUUCUCUGGCAGCCCCUCGUUCCUGGACGGUGUCGGCGGGGAUGUCGGGGCAGGAGCAGAAGGAGGGAGAGCGGAUGACGAAGCCGAGGCGUGGCUGGAGAGGGAGAGGGAGCAGAGGGGCAAGAGGGAAAGGGAGCGGCGCGAAGAGAAAGAACGGGUCGAGCGGCAGCUAGCGAAAGCCAAGAAGCUCAGGGAGGAAGAGGAAGCUCGGAAACUGCGGGAGGCAGAAGAAGCCAGGGUGCGCGAGAAGGCCCGUCGCGAGGCUGAGGCUAAACGGCAGGCCAAGACGAGAGUCCUUAUGAGCUCGCUUUUCGACAAGGGUGAGGAGGACGACGGCAAUAGUCUGUUCGGCGGCCUUGGUGGCGCAGCCCUACCCGUUUUCCAUGACGAUGACAACGGUAGUAGGGCCCGCGACACCAGCCUUGCCGAACAACCGGAGGAGAAGCCGGUAGCUCCAGCCUCCUCCGUCAGCGAAGCAGAUGCACCCCCGCUUUCGUCGGGCUUUGGAAGCGGCAUUGGAGGAGGCGGGGGAAGUCUAUUCGCCGGCAUGGAAGAACCUUCCACCGGUCGCGGCGGAAUUUUUGAUGAGGCCAACACGUCCGGUGCCCCCGGUGGAGACCCGCAUUCCUCGACGGUCGGAGGAUUGUCGUCUGCGAGACAAGGCAGCAGCAACGGCGUUGGGAGUGGGCUGUUUCCAGACGAAGAACCCAGCCCGCCGGAGUCGAGAGUUGGGGCUGGUGAUGGUGGCUACGGGAAUGUCGACGUCCAACCCGGCGGAUACUCCGGCCUGUUUGACUCGUCACCUCCCGUGGAGGGCUCGUCUUCGUCUAUGGCCGAUAAAAACGCCGGUGCCAACAGCCCGAAGGCGACAGUAACUACCCUGGAGGGAUCGGCCACCGGCAUCACCGGUGCCAGCUCAAAUGCGACGAUUGCUACAACCGCCGACGGGGCAGCCGAUGAGAUGGACGACUUCUUUUCCACGCUGGAAGCCGCCUCUGUGUCGGCUCCGAGCACUGGUGCUGCAACGACCACCGCCACACGCGGCUCUCUGUUUGAAAACGAUGGUAUCAGUGGUACAGGCGAUGGAGGCGACGAUGAUAUAUUUUCUUCCUCAUACACAGGGGUGACCGGAGGAACGGGUGGCGACAGCACGCAAAGCAGAGGGAACGAAGGCGAGCUGUUUGAUCCGAGUGCUAGCCAAAGUGCGGGAACGAGCUUGUUCGAUAGGAUGGAGUUCUCCAUGGAUGCCGAAGACCCGGAUGGCGGGAAUGUCUUCGGUGGUGGCGGUGUAAGUGGCGGCGGGAGAGGUAUCGGGGAUGCUAGCGCAUCGUUCUUGUCUGCAAUGGGAGAAGUCGAUUUGAUGACGCCCGGCGGAGACGACGGUGUCGAAGGUGAAGUUGGAGGGGAAGCGGAUAAGGAGGGAAUGACAGAGGUGAGCUUGUGAGUUGAUGUGCAUGCGCGAUUUCCAGUACCGUGUUGGGCCGUUGACAGGUGGAUACUUUCAUUGUGCAUGGCCUGUAUGAAGCGGUGCUUCUUGUCGCAUGCAGCCAUGGAUAAAUCAUUCAGGCAAUACACUAGCCGCUGAGUCUUUCCAGAGCACAUCAGAGGGGUGACUGAUGGUCUCGUGCCAAGGUUUUUGAGGGUGCCGUGAGGGCUUUGCCCAGAAUGCUUCGGGUAGACGUGGUUGGAUUCAUGCUGUCGGACGCGGCGUUGCUUUGUGACCACCAGCUUCUGUGCCAAUAACGUAGUGGAAACGCUUUCGCCGUGCGUAAGGAGUGGUAAUGAACUUCGUCCGCGUCGAAUGAGGUUGG